CCGACAAUAACUUCUUACCUCUCUCUCAUUCUUUCCAUUCGUUUCUUCCCUGGGAUUUGCCAUAGCUUCUCUCAUUCGCAAGGCUCCAUCACCCUGCGCAAAAAAAGAUGUAUCUCAGUGCAUCUCGCAAGCCGCCUAGCCGCAAAGGCUCCAUGCACGAUGUGCCGAACGAUCUCAUGAAGCACAUCCAUGAACUCGAGAAGAUGUUCACCAUUGAUACGCCAAAGCUCCAUGAGAUUGUAUCCGUAUUCCAAGAGGAACUGAUCAAGGGGUUAUCUGUGGCAGGCGGCACAAUUCCCAUGAACCCAACCUGGGUGAUUGGAUAUCCCACUGGCGAUGAGACGGGCACCUACCUCGCUCUUGAUAUGGGCGGAACAAAUCUUCGUGUUUGCGAGGUUGAGCUUCCUGAAGAGAAGGGCCAGUAUGAAAUCUGUCAGUCCAAGUACCGCCUUCCAGAAGAGAUCAAAUCUGGCACUGGGGAACAGCUUUUUGAUUACAUUGCCGAGUGUGUCAAGCAAUUCUUGGUCGCAAAUCAUGACGGCCAAGAUGUCAAGGAUCUGAAGGAGCUACAUCUUGGUUUUACCUUCUCAUAUCCGUGCGAGCAGAAUGCUAUUGAUCAUGGUAUCUUGCAACGUUGGACCAAAGGUUUCGAUAUUGAAGGUGUUGAAGGCCAUGACGUUGUUCCCAUGUUCGAAGCUGCUCUCGAGAGAAAGGGGGUCCCAAUCAAAAUUACUGCUUUGGUCAAUGACACCACUGGAACUCUGAUCGCUUCUGCGUAUACCGACAAUACUACCAGAAUCGGUUGCAUCUUCGGUACUGGUUGUAAUGCUGCCUACAUGGAGACCGUUGGCUCUAUUCCUAAGCUUGCUCAUAUGAAUCUUGAUCCUAAACUCGAUAUUGCUAUUAAUUGUGAAUGGGGGGCGUUCGACAAUGAACAUCGUGUCCUUCCUCGCACUGUAUAUGACAAGCAUAUCGAUGAGCACUCUCCCCGCCCAGGACAGCAAACAUUCGAGAAGAUGGUUGCAGGUCUUUACUUGGGAGAAAUUUUCCGUUUGGUUCUUGUUGAUCUCCAUUCCAACCCUGACGUUAAGAUCUUUGAAAAGCAGGACAUUAGUGCUCUUCAGACUGAGUAUUCCUUAGAUUCUUCCUUCCUAGCCGAGAUUGAGAGUGAUCCAUGGGAGAAUUUAAUGGAAACUCAUGCCCUCUUUGAGAAGAAGUUGAAGAUUGAGACUACCGAGCCUGAGCGCAAGCUCAUCCGUCGCCUUUCGGAGCUCAUAGGAACUCGUGCCGCCCGCCUUUCUGCCUGUGGCGUUGCAGCCAUUUGCAAGAUGAAGAACAUUGAAUCUUGCCAUGUUGGCGCUGACGGCUCUGUAUUCAACAAGUAUCCCAACUUUCAGGAACGUGGUGCAAAAGCUCUUCGCGAAAUCUUCGGCUGGGGGAGGGCGGUUAGGAAGGAUCCUAUCCAGAUUGUUCCCUCUGAGGACGGAAGCGGUGUCGGUGCUGCUUUGAUUGCCGCACUCACCAUGAAGCGUAUCAGGGGGGGUAUUCAUGCCGGUGUUAACGUCAAGCGCAAGAACUCGUUGAUUCCUCCAGUCCCGUAAAAAAAAAAAGGAAACGGGUUGUGUUGCGGGGGGGUCCUAUAGUCUGGUUUUGUUUGCUCUGCUCUAGGUCUCUGUACGUUCUAAUACCUAAAAUCUUUCUGCUAUGCCACUUGAAUUGAAAUGAUACAAUCAUUUUAUUGCUAUUACCGAUA